GUGAUAUUACCACACAAAGCACAGUCGAUCUGUGAAAGGAGUUUCCACAACCGAAAUGGUCUCAAAUUUUUCGCUGCGAAAGCGACGGAACGUUAACAAGACUCAAGAAAGUCAAUAGACGAUAGUAUUUUUAGGUCCGCAAGAAGAAAACGAGAGGUCAGUAGCGCAAAUAUCAUACGUUUAGAGGAUUUUAUGCUUGGUCUGGUUUGCAAGGGCCCACGUAGUGUGAAGUAACAAGAGCCAAUUACCUAGCUGACGUAAACUAGGAGUUUCUUAUUCAAGCAAGAGCGGUAGUGACUCACGACAGAUUUCCCAUUUGCUUUAUGACGUCUCCAUUUCGCGUACAACUCUAAAUGUUUCAAUAAGGAGUUGGAAUAGCUGCUAGAAAAAAGUUGAUCAAGUCUGUUUGUUGAUUUCUUUGCUUAGGCCCAUCAUAAAUCGUGCCCGACAAAACCUUGGCAGCCAAGCAAUCUCGGAAGCAGUGGUGGCGUCACAAUUGCUGAAACCUUUAACAGUAACUGACGAUUUUGGGGUCAUGGAUGGGGUUGAUUCAAGUGAUACACACUUACAUGAUACAGAAAUUUUCAAAAUAAAACUCUCUUUCUCAUCUCUUACGAACAGUGUUGUUGUCUGCCCAGUAGUGGCGACCUUGUAUUCAUGGAAACCAUCUGAUACGGAGACGUGGAAUUAUUUCAAGACUGGAGUACCUGUUCUUGUUAUUGUACAUGACAGCCAAGAUCAUAGCAAAAAUGUGCAAAUGCAGUUAUGUAUAGUCGACAGACAAAAUGGCUUUGCAACAUGGCGAGAAAACAUAACGGAAAGAUCAGAGUAUAAAAUGACUCAGCGCAAUUUUCAUACUUUGAAACUGAACAAUCCACGGGAGGAAGGGGAAAUGGUUGGAUUGAAAUUUCCCAAUGAUGAAAUUGCUUCGGUAUUUUACAAAGAUGUCCACUGUAAUAUUCCAGAUGAGACAGAGCAAGAAACUAAAGAAAGCCCAAAACACAUAGAAAAGAAAAGGAGUGUAAAAGGAAAAGACAGCUCUAAGUCUUUGAGGAAACUUUGCAAAGAGGAUAUAUCUUCUCCUUGUAUGUUUACUCAUGUUACUAGCAUUAAUAAUAGUACAUUUUCUGGUGACAAAGAGAAAGCAAGUGCCUCCCCAGCUCAUGGAAAUGGACGUUCAAAAUCAAGCUUUGUAAGAAAGACUUUAAGUUUUAGUACAAAGAAAAGGUAGCUGUAGUUUCUCCAGACCAACUGUUGAGAUGGAAUUUGGGAAAGCUUACUGGAUAACAGAUGUGUGGCAAUCAGCCUGAUCUACAAAGGAUAAGGUUUUGAUUAAAUAGGCACUCAAACCUCAAUCAAUGCUUUGUUCUAAAGCCCACAUUAUAUUAGUAUUAGCUAGUGGUAUUGGUUUCAGAUUACAACAAAAUAUUUUUUUAGUGUGUUAGUGAUGCUUGAAGCAACACUACACAACAUUUACAACAAUGGCUAUCUGUUAGUAUUACCUGUAAAAUGUUUUCAGCCAGUGGGGGAUCAUUGAUGGUCAAAAUGUAGAGAUUUUUCAAAUCUCAUAUCACAUGUCUCAUGUAAUAUCUACUAAUAAAAAUUUAAAUAACUUUGAUUUUUCUGCCAAUGAUGAUAAUGAUAUCAAAGAUCUUUCUUUAAUAUUAAAAUAUAUUUUAAAGAUUUCUGUUAGCUCUAUAUUAAAUAAAACAAUAUAAAAUAAUUCAAUUUAAGUUACUUCAACUUCAACUGUAAUGUUACAUUGCCACUUAACCUUCUUAACAAUUCAAAAAAGUCCCUGACUGAAGUAAUCUUUUCAAAAUACAAUAUAUGGAUAUCAAAAUUAAAAAACUUUGAUUUAUCUUUGUUAAACAUUUUAGAUGAUCAUCCUCCCAGAAUAGUGACUUUAUAAUAGUCUCAGACUUAUUCAUGUGACUAAAGCCAACAUUGAUGUCAACAUUGAUGUCAAUACAUUGCAACAUUCGAAUAUGAUGAAACAUUGAUUUUGUUGCAAUCUUUGUUUUGAGAAUGUUUUUUGUUGAUUGACCCAUUUAUGGUCUUUGUUUCUAUACAAAAUGUAACUUAUGCCGUUCUAGUCUAUAUGGAAGAACUUUAGUUGCAGACUUUUGACAUUAAUAUCAUUAUGGCAAUCCUGUAUAUUUUGUUAGACACUAUAAAGGUCAACUCAUGAAAUUUGUCGGUAGUGUGGUAUACAUAUCUUCUAACCCCCCAGUCCCUCUUUUGGUUUCAAACCGGUUUUUUAUUAUAUAGGAAAACCCCCCUGCAAGUUUUGAACUCUUAACUGUUCGUGUCAGCAAAUAAAUCCAGUUGUUAAACAACAUAGUUGUGGCAUCACAAUAUUCAUGCAGCUAUCUUCCCAUGUUUCACCACAUUGUUAAACACCAUCUGUCAGUGUAGACCAAUUUUAUAAUUUCUCUUAUCUUCAAUUAUCAGUUGUUUGAUCUUUGUUAUUGCCAAAAUCAAGCUUUUUCUGUCUCUUAUGCUGGUUUUGUUGCUGUGUGAGUAGUUUUUUUGAUAAAGAUUUUUUAUCUUCUAGAUUUAUUUAGUUUAGAUAUCAAAUAUUAGAGAUGUUUGCUAACCAUGUAUUUAGAACAUAUGAUGCUUCAUAUUACAGACCCCAAUUUAGCCAUGUGAGAUGCUUAGCAAGGAAAUGAUUGUCUUUUUGUUUGAUAUUCCCUUAAGAACCUUUUCAUGGUAUCUUGAUAUUGAAAAAUUGAUGGCAUUCUUUUAUGUUAAGCCGAAAAAUUCACUCUGGAAAAUGAUCUUAGCAUCAAAUCAGUUCCUGUUUGUCUGCUAUGUUCUGUUGGAUCCACAUAUCAUUUUGGAUCCGAAUGCAACUUACAUCAAUUACACAUCAUUAUAUCAGUUUAAUAUAAACAAGCCAUUUUAGAGAUUGGCUUUUCAAUUUCAGAUACUUUGACAGCAAGAUAGGGUAUGGUUAUUAAUAAUGUUGAAAGGAUAAAUUUGUUGGAUUCAUUGCAAGUUAAAAAUUCUUUGUCACCUGACUAUUUCUGUGCUGAAAGCGCAUUCAGAUUUUUCAUAUAUUGGAUAGCUUUCUAGAAUGGUUUUUCGGCUUUAGCUAGUAGCCUAGUAGUUUUGUUUGAAAAAAACAAUUUAGUUUUUUUUGCAAAAUUAAUUAUUUCAUUGCUUUUAUGAAAAUAUAUGUUUGAUAUUAAAACAAUAUUCUACGUUGUAAAUUUAUUACAAGAGAUGGUCCAUAGUAUGUAGGAGAGGGGAAUAGUGUGAGUUAUUAAAAUAUAAUUUCACAUUUGUUAUCUUUGUUUUCUUUUUGCUUUUGUGCUAACAAACACUUACUGGUGAACUUUCAUUUUUAAUCCCAUUGACUAGAUGAUAAAAUUUUUCCCAGAGUACCUAUUUAAAAACAUUGAUAGAUACAAAGCCUGUAUAACUGAGCCGUGUCAAACAUCUAAUCAUUUAAUGUCUUUGUUGCCAUUAUUUCCUGGCAAGACCUUUGGUUUGUUGUAGCGGAGAUAUCCACUGUCAUAGUUAACAGCUGGGUUUUCCCAGUUUGAAUUUUGCAUGUUGGAGAAAAAUCAUGGCAAAGUUGUAAAUUCAAAAUUGCUCUCCCUCUUCAAGGGGGGUCUGAUUGGGUAGAAGAAAGUUUAAGGGGCAACAUCCCUCGUUUUUCAUUAGUUUUUUAGUAAAAUCGAUUAUUGGCUUGGAAAAUCGUUAGUUUGCUGGUCAAGUCUUUUGACAGUAAGCUAGAGUGAAGCAAAAUUGUCUGCUGGUCAAGUCUUUUGACAGUAAGCUAGAGUGAAGCGAAAUUGUCUGCUGGUCAAGUCUUUUGACAGUAAGCUAGAGAGAAGCAAAAUUGUCUGCUGGUCAAGUCUUUUGACAGUAAGCUAGAGUGAAGCAAAAUUGUCUGCUGGUCAAGUCUUUUGACAGUAAGCUAGAGUGAAGCGAAAUUGUCUGCUGGUCAAGUCUUUUGACAGUAAGCUA